ACAAGGUUGCAUCUGACAUUUCAGCCUCGAAAAGCCCAACCCGUACCACCGUCAUCUAUGACGUGCAUGUGGCGUCGUUCCGUCCCGCCUUGGGGAGCGCCAUUUUCCAACUCAAUUCCCACGAUGCAGGAAACGUGGGGUUUUUGUGAAGCUUCUUUUUUGAGGCGGACAUCUUGCUUCCCUUCGAGCCCUGCUGUCCGUAGUUCUAGACCACGUGUGCUCCUCUUUUUCGUUCAUUAACUUCAGAUUGACCCACGGCCAGAAACUUGGAAAUCUGAACCCGCGUAGAGUUUGCGUGGCUUGAUGUGGGGUAUCCUGCGCCGGGAAACUCAAGCGUCAGUAUCGUCACUUUUGUGGACUGCUUGAUGUUGUUGUUAGAUUAAGUGAUCAAUCACUGCCGGGGCGGAGUACACAGAGGGCUGACUGGAGUGACAGACCCGGUGCAACCCCGUGAACGAACACAAGGACGAUCAGAAUCAGACGAAGCAGCUGUUUCCCCAGAUUUCUCGCUUCACCGAGGACAGGAGCAUCCUCCCUUACUGGCUCGUUUGCGCUAGCUCCGUGCCCAUCAACGGAGCCGAAUUGUGGGCGGUGAUCGACACCACGUUACCAGUGCUCCUUUGAGACUUCCUAGUUUGCUAGUUUGCGUCCAUGUCACCCUGGAAAGUGACACCAACUUUACGAUGCGGCUAAGGACCUCGUGUAUGUUUAGCGGGGUUCCGCUUUCCCCCGACCGCCUCUUUUUUCUCUCCCCUCCCGCCAGAUCCUUCCAACAUGAUCAUCCAUCAUGUGGAAAGAAUGAGGGACAGCAGGGUCUCCGGCGGAAAGAAGGCUGGCUGAACCGGAAGCAGCAAGAAAGGACGCCAGAGUUGUCUCUCUCUUAAUAUAAACCACGCCACCCCGCUCUUCUUCAACUUCAUCCCAUCCGUCCUUGGUUAGAUCCCACAUCACCAACGUCGUAUCCAAACCUCAAGGUGUCCAACAUCAUUCAUCGCAUUCUUCAAGGUACGUGAAAGUCUUCGACAUUUCCUAUCUCCCUUCUUUCGCCUACGAGAAAGUUCGGAAUAGGUCGGAUUUCAACCGAGACUGGAGACGGAUGUGCUGACACUUUCUAGCAGUUGAGGUAUAAAGACCGGGCUCAUCUCCUCUUCAUCAACAUCAGCAUCAGCAUCAGCAACUACCACUUCUCCACAGACACAUCACCACCUCUCCAACCAUCACUAUGAAGGCCGCCUACGCUAUCGCCCUUCUGGGUGCCACUCUGGCUUCUGCCCAGUUCACCAACCAGACCAGACCCUUCUGGCUCAAGUUCACCCCUUGCACCGGCGGCUCCGGCGAGACCUACCUCACCUCGUGCCACUCUGGCGCCGGCCAAGCUGGUCUCUGCCCCGAGACCACGGAGCCUGUUCAGGAAGCCAACCGUCCCACGACUCACACAAACUACUUCCUCAACGAGACCCAGUCCGAUUUCAACGGUCACCUCCUCGGCGCUCUGACCUGGAACCAGCCCAUCGGCAACGGCGACCCCAUCUCCUCCGGCAUGAUGCUCAACCUGCAAAUCGUUAGCAACGGUGCCAUUCCCAUCUUCUCCCCCGGCAACACCGCCCUCUUCACCCUCGGCUUUGACGAGAACGAGAAGCUCUUCAUCUACUCCCGCGCGGACGACUCCAAGGCCGUUGCUGGCUCGCAAGCUCCCUAUGGCGACGAGGCGUACUACCGCUGGCACGUCUGCUACACUUUUGUCGGCAACUACUACUACCGCUCCCUCGUCUGGAUCACCGCCGGCCCGGCUUCCAACCCUACCUGUGAGGCUGUUGAUGUGUACCGCGAGUGGGCUUAAGGCAUGCAUGGAGAGGUCUCACUGGUUCCCAGCUUCGGCUGUGAGAAGAAGCCCGAGCUUCAUGAUCGGUCCUGCAACAAUUACACGACAGCAACUCUGGCAAUGUCUUUGGUCUGAGUCCCGACACGACUGAUGAUGGUGGUCUACCUCCUGCUUGAUGGAGUACAACAAAAGUUUCAAUAGCUAAUCCUAAUAAACUCUGUAUUACAAACACUGAAUAGUGCCUCUUCUCCAUUAUGGUUUUAGUUGUUAUUCCUUCAUAUCAUGGCUGACAUGCUACCCUACUCCAUCAGGCUAAGCUCAAGUCUCGGGCAUAAUACCAGUACCAUGCCUGGCGUGUUGUCGUAUCAUGAGUAUGUCGUGUCCC